GUGACAACAUGGCCAGUUCGGCCGCGGCUGCGUCCAGGAAUAGAACGCCCGCUCGCGCAUCUGCCUGCCUGCGUACCUGGCUGCGCAUCGCGUCGAGUGCGUGAGACUGACUGCGGCUGCAACCAUGAGGAUGGAGCGAGGCGGCCGGGCGCUGUGGCUGGCGCUGCUGCUGGGGGCGGCGGGGGCGGUGCCGCGGCAGCCGGCCAUGGAUGCGCGCUUCGGGCUGGGGCCGCGGGCUCGCGUGCCGCCGCUGGACCAGGGCUGCCCCGAGCCGUGCAGCUGCGCGCCCGUCCAGCUGACGGCCGUCUUCGGCCUCAUGCUGUUCGUGCGCCAGGUCGUCAUGAACUGCACCGCCACCGCGCUCACCGCGCUGCCGGGGCCCGUCUUCUACGAGGUGUACGCGCUGCUGCUCUCCCACAACAACAUCACGCAGCUCGGCCCGCACGGAUUCGCCGCCGACAUGCAGGUGUCGGACUUGCGAGAGCUGGACCUGCGAGACAACGCCAUCCACACCAUAGACGAGGACGCCUUGAAGGGCCUGCACAGCCUGACCAGCAUCGCAUUGGACCGCAAUAAGAUCCAGACGGUGCCGCCUCAGCUCUUCGACGACUGUCCGGAGAUUGAAUACGUGAGCCUGAGCGAGAACCCGCUCAUACUGCCGGCGUCGGGCCCGUUCUUCAGCGCGCCCACGCUCAGCGUCAUCGACAUCAGCAAGUGCGGCCUGCGCAGCCUGCCGGACGACACCUUCUCAGAGAUGCCCAUGCUGCACAUCGUCUAUCUCGCAGACAACCCGCAGAUCGGACAGACGAACGUGAGCGCGCUGUCGCAGCUGGAGCACCUGCACGGGCUGACGCUGAUGCGCAACGAGCGCAUGACGCUGACGGGGCCGGGCCAGCUGUCGGUGCGAGAGCUGGGCGCGUCGGGCGCGUGCCAGGUGCUGGCAGCGCCCCUGGCGGGGCCGCACCUCACCAAGCUGUCGGCGCAGGGCUGCGGGCUGUCCGCGCUGCCCGCCGUCAUGGCGCAGGCGCGACCCAACCUCGAGAUGCUGCUGCUCGGCAGGAACGCCUUCACCGGCUGGGACGCCUCCACCGACAUGCCCUACCUCGCCGUCCUCGGGCUCGACCUCAACAACAUCACCAGGCUGGAGCCGGCGGUGUUCUCGAGCCUGCCGAGCCUGGGCCUGCUGAACCUGAGCGGCAACGCGCUGCAGGCGCCGGAGCACGGCCCGCUGCUCGCCUCGGCCAGCCUGCACUCGCUCGACCUGUUCAACUGCUCGCUGCGCCGCCUGCCCGAGGACGCCUUCUCGUCGCUGCCGCAGCUCGUCGCCGUCGACCUGUCGCUCAACGGGCUGGCGCAGCUGCCCGCCAAGCUGUUCCGCGACGUCCCGCAGCUGCAGCAGGUGUUCUUGUCAGACAAUGGGCUACAGUCACUGCCAGCAGACCUGUUUGUGAAUAAUCAUCAGUUGCGGCGGCUACACCUGUCAGGGAAUCCACUUCUGCUGUCUGGUGAGAAGGCCACACUCCCAACAGCACCCUCAGUAGUGCUUCUGGAACUGGACCGUAUGGAGCUCACAGGGCUGCAGGCCUCCUGGUUUGACAAUAUGCCACACAUUACCAACCUCAGCCUUGCUGACAAUAAGCUGUCCACUGUUUCGGUAUCCAGUGUUAAGGGGCUGACACACCUGCAACAAAUAAGGCUUAUAGGUAACAAGCUGCAGUGUAAUGCUGCACUGCUACCUUUCUAUGAAUGGACAAAAGAGAAUGCAGUGCAUAUUGUUGCAAAGUGUGCUGAACCACGAGGGAACUGGCAGCUCAUGGAGCACCUGCACUUUGAAGAGGAAGAGAAGCUCGAACAUGAAAAGCAGAGUGUGAGCACAGCUCCAACUUCAGUCACUUCAAGGACCACGAUAGCAGUACCAGGUGUGACGCAGACAACAGUACGCCAGGUGUCAGAAGUGGUGCCGUCACCUGCAAGCAUGGCUGAAUUUUCACAGCAGGCGGUGCAGGCAGCGUCAGUAGGAGGCAGCAGCAGCAACAAUGACAACAACAAGAGCAGUGGCAGUGGAAAUGGUAGCCUUUGGGUUGUGCUGCUGGUUGGUGUGCUGGUGGGAGGCAUUGCAGGAGCAGUGCUGACUGCUCUGUUUGCCCGUCGCAUACAGUGCCCAUCACGAGCUCCUGGCUUCCUGCACAUCCGUCUCCGUGAUACUGCAUCUGUGGCAGAAGAGUAUGGUGAUGAUGAGCGCCUUGGUUCCUGAAGCUAUUACAUAAUACUACCAAAAUGAUAAAUUUUCAGCAUCAUCCAAAGAGUUGUGAUAAAUUAUGCAGACACUUGUGUGACAAGUGAGAUAGAGUCUGACUUGUGAAUUUCAUUUUAAUUCAUGUCACUAAAUUUAUUCAUUCAGACUUCAUGAAUGAAAUAUGGACACUAAAGUAAUUCUGUAUGUACAUAGCUGUGUGUGUGUGUGUGUGUGUGUGUGUGUGUGUGUGUGUGUGUGUGUGUGGGUGGGUGGAUGUGUCCACGCAUCCGUGUGACAGACAGAGAGAGAGAGAGCACAUACAUGUGCACACCUUCAAACGUGUAUUCAUGGAUGAGCAGGUCCUACGUGUGAGUACAAUAAUACAUAAGGUAUGGAAGGGUAAUAUCCAUGAAAUGUUUUGGAAACAGAAAUGAUGAAUGUUAUUGAUUCUUGAGUAUAGACCUCCUAGUGUCUAUGAUGGGUGGCAAACAGUCAAUAUUAACAUAGAUGUAUAUAAAAUUC